CUGUUUAAUAACCAGUUUCCGAAAUAAGCGCGAAGUGACAUUUAGGGGUCCAGUAACUUCAGAUGCUAAUUAAUAUCAACAUCUUUAAAUUAAAUUAAUAUGGCGACUAAAUUAGCAUAAUUUCCUCAUCCUUUCACACUUUCUCAUCAGUUGUGCUGCGAACUUCUCGUUUGUGACAGAAGGCAUGGCGGAUGGUAAGCUGACUGACAGACAUCAAUAGUUUGCUGUCACACAGGGAGGUUUCCGGAGCUUAAACGUGUGUCUCUCUGCAUUUUGCGCAAUGAAGGACCAAAACGGAGAAGAAAUAAAAAAAAUACUGGAAGAGGCCCCCUCUGCUCGUAAAGCACUUGUAGAGAACUACGAGAAUUUACACAAAGUAGCUGAAUACUGCGAGAGGAACUACCUGCAGUCUGGUAAUGACACCGACAAAGCACUGGAGGAGACCAAGGCAUUUACUACCCAGUCCUUGGCUAGUGUGUGCUAUCAGAUCAGCUCUAUGGCCGCCAAUGUGCUCAAACUGCUGGAUGCACAGACCCUACAGCUUCGCAAGAUAGAGUCAUCCAUCAACCAGAUUGGACAGACGGUGGAUAUGCACAGAGAGAAGGUGGCUCGUCGAGAGAUUGGAGUUUUCACGGUUGCCAAGAGGGUUCCACGAAAUCACAAGAUUGUCCCUCCUGCAAAAAGUACAGAGCCCAAGCCUGAGUACUCCCGUACACCCAUCUCUUUCUCUAGCCUGGACUCUAUUGGCCAUGGCGUGAAGGAUUCUGAGCAGCCACAGUUAAAAACAGCGACCAUGACGCGCAGCAGCAGCACAAUGAGUCGGGGCAGCCAUCCUCCUGAUCCUGUCCAAUGUCCUGUGGCACCCACUCUGUCCCGUGGAGCAUCCGUCAAUUCACUUAAUGACAAGUUUAUUUCUUCAAGCUUUGGUAAAGCCGUACCACCUCCUGUAGUGCCCAGUUGUCCCACCAGUUCUGAUGGUGAUGGUGACAUCAUCAGCACCCUGCUGGAUGAAGUCUCACCCCCUCCACCCCCACUGAUGGAGACAGAAUUUGAGCAGGAUCAUCUGCAGGAUACUGUUCCACCUCCACCUCCUCCACUUGACUGUGCCGACAUCCCCCCACCCCCUCCCAUGCCCUUUUCAGUGAACAUAUCUGAUCCAAGCAGCCUGAUGACAAUACCACCUCCUCCACCAGAUCCACCUCUUGAAACAGUGGCUUUAGAGAAUGGAUUUCCGCUACCAGGGCCUCCUAUUGACAUGCCUCCUCCACCAACCCCUGAUAGCCUUGAUCUUCCAGAGCCUCCACCUCUGCCUGGGGAUAAUAACAUUGAAGACCUUGAGAUUCCACCUCCGCCCCCAUCUCUACCAGUAGAAAGUUUUGAUAACUUUGAGGACAUGCCUCCUCUACCGCCCCCUAUUGAUUACGACAUGUCAGCACCAGCUGACUAUUUGGAGAAAGUGGUGGCACUAUACAGCUACGACACAGGCAAGCUUGGUGACUUGGUCUUUCAGGAGGGAGAUAUCAUCUAUCUUACCAGCAGGAAUGAGGAUGGCUGGUGUGAGGGAGUUCUGCAUGGGGUUAAGGGUUAUUUUCCUGGCAACUAUGUGGAGUCAACUGCUUAACCGAAUCUUCUAGAACGUGAAUGUCAUGGGAACCUCAAAAUUAGAAUAUGAUCAAGAGAAAUAUGGGAAGAAUAUAGUAUAAAAAUUAUUCCCAAAUGCAUAAACACUUAUCCAUCAAUUUGAUAAAUGUCAUGCAUCUUACUAUCUUCACACAAAUGCCUUUCAAAUUGUAUCUGUGAAAUUCUGAAUUAAAUGAAUGUGCACUUAUUAGUACAAAUAGAGAAAUAUUUGUGAAUACAUAUGCUCCCUUUUGUAUAAAUGUAACAAUUUGCAUAUCUAACCAAAUGAAGAUGUUCCAAAUUAAACACAAAAUGGCUUUGUGAAGCAUUGAAUGUGCAUUUGUGGCUCAAGUGAUGCAUGCGUUCAUCAUGCAAAUGUUUUUGUGUCUAUUCUGUUUUAUUUCUUUGAAUUUGUCUUCUGCAUUAAUGCUUUUUAUUUCUCUCAAUAAAAAAUUCUAAACAGUGCAGUAAGGUUUGGAUACUCUUAUUGUGUUAUAUGU